ACCUUUGUGUAGGUUGUUGUAUCAUGAUAUGGUAGCCCUUUGUGAGAUUGAGGGGUGUUUUGAAGUGACACAGUUGUACCAUUUCCUCAGGCAGCUACCUCCUGGUGAUGGAGUGUGCGGAGCUGGGUACCCUGAGGGACGUGCUGCAGGAUGAGAAGUACGACCUGCCGUGGGACCGCAGGGUGCGCAUGGGGCUGGAGGGGGCCAGGGGACUCUACACUCUGCACCACGGCAAGACAGCCAUGCUACACUGUGACGUCUGUCAACACCAGGAAGUUCCUAGUGGACGGGAACAUGCAUGUCAAGUUGACAGGUUUCGGCCUGACCACUACCCGUUCCUCUGCGAGAAAGCAUGGGCGGUCGAGCCGAAGGGGCAGACCGUCCUCCACACGGCACACCGUCACGUUUGUGGCUCCGGAGAGGAUGGGUAACAUCAAUACACCCUACGAUGACCGAGCAGAGUCAUACUCGUUCGGAAUUGUCCUGCAUGAGAUCGCAAGCCGGGAGCUUCCUUUCAAAGACAUGAGCCAAACCGCCAUUGCUGAGUUUGUGAAGGCUGGAAAGACUGAGGACGUCCCGGCUGACUGUCCAGCCAAGUUCCGCCACGUUAUCGACGCCUGCAGGGCUUUCGAUCCAGCCUUGCGUCCUCUCUCCGCAGAAAUCGCAGACGGCUUGCAGGAUGCGUUUAUCCAAAGUGUCAGCAAGGCGUCCUCAUGAUGGCAGACACAGACCACAGACAGCAGCAAGGGACACACACUUCGGCAUAUUGAAUACGUUCAACAUGACACCAGCAAUGCAAGGACAUUGGCAGCGGCUUGCCUAUGACCAACAUUAACAAUGUCAAUGUUUUUGACAUGCAUGCUAUAAGGAUUUCUACUACGUUUAGCCAGUAUUUUAUUUUAGAUCUUCAAGUAGUUAACACCACUUUUGGACGUUUUGGUAAAGCUAACAUGUUCAAGCUAUAUGUAUGAUUCAGAAGAAUUUACGUGUGGAGUAUCACAAUAGGUGUCUUUGAAACGUAUGUACGUAUCAACGUAAGUUUUAUGUUUUACUAAGACUAGUGUAUUAGUAGUAAAAUGGGGCAAAUAUUUGUGUGUAUCUGUGCGAAGAUCUCGUUCUAGACGUAACGUUAAUUACAUUAAGUCAUAAAGACAGCCUAAAUAUAUUUUUUCGAAUGAAAUGCUCUUCUGAAUUGAAAUGAAUCGAUAUAUACGGCCUUGAACACACUCACUUGUGCUUUGGAAUAUGUAUGAAUACAAUUUAUCUAACUAGCUUUACUUGUCAGUACCGCUCUCUCUCUCUCAUGGCAAGGCAUUUUCACUCUCUCUGAGGAACUCCUUACCUCCCAGGUCCCUCCAGUACCACUAGGCUGCGGAAAAACGUAAAUCUGUGCAAAGAUCAGGAACUUAAACUUGGCACGCCCUCGAGGGUUUUCCAUAUGGCAUUGUAUAAAGGCCAUGUUUGGAAGAGUUGUUUGGAAGAGUUUGUGGGAAAGAUGGGAUGGAAAUGUUGCAAUUAAGAGAGCAAAAGCUUGGAAGAGUUACAGGAAUGAUGAGACGCUAAUACUACAAGUCAACCUGAGCCCAUUUUCUCCUGUUCACUUAAAGCGACCUGAAACAUAGAUCUAAAACGACAGAAAAGGUGUUAGUACUACAUGAUGUAAUGUCUAACAUCUAGCGUCUUUUUCAGAUUCUUACUUACACAUUUGGACCCAGCGGGAUCGUGACGAUUAAUCACGAUUCCCUAUGGCGUUUUAUGAUAGUUGACCAAAUUAUUUGCAUGUAUCAAAAGCGACCCCUAUUAAAAGUAUUAUUCAGUUGCAGUACUGCAGCCCUCCAGCUGCUAAUCUACAAACAGGUGUCAGCAACAGUCAUCGCCUCACUACAAA